CAGUCCUCCUCGGAACUCAGUCGAGAACGCAUGUGUCAUCGCCAGCGAAAAUAGUGACGAACAACAUAAAAAAUCGUUUUUUUUAUUCAUUUAAUACAACCGUGAAGUGACUUGAUAAUAAAACUUGGAGUUUGGAUUUUCCUUCUAUUUAUAUUACCUGUCACUACCGGGGCCGUUCCUCAUAGUGCUUAAGUGGCAGUAUGAGGUGUCUGUAACACGGUGUGGCGUUCGUGAGGUGUAAGUGAGGUGCGCGUGAGGCGCGCGGCACGAUGACUUCGGAGCGGGCCAUCCCGCAUCUGCGAGACAUCUUUAGCCUGAACCAGCAGUACGACGGCAAGCCGUACGAUGACGACGACACCAACAAAAAGACCGCAAAGAAGAAGAAGGAUGACUACCGCACCUACGCCAACGGCGACGUCAAAACUCUCGAGAGGCAUCUCAGUAUGAAGAAAACGAUAAGGAAAAAGAUCAUGCGCGACCUUCAGCAGGCAUUCGUUGAAGACCCUAAUGAGUUUAAGGUCGAGAACACGAGUCCGGAAAAGUUGAAAGCGGAACUGAGUGCAGAGGCAGUUAAAAUUGAGAAGAACGUCCGUAAGAAUGACCCGACUUUCUUAGACAUGCUGCGCGGAGAGACCAGGGGCGAGGAGACGCGGGAGGAGCAGCCGCCCGCCGAGAAGACCAGCUUCUGGCGACGGCUCACCAUGAAGAAUAAGAAUAAGAGAUAAUUGAAGAUCGACAGCUGAACACCACUUACUCCGUUUUAUAACCACAUUCUCUCGGAGAUCGAGACUCCAAUUAAGAAAUUUUCCGAUGGCAGCUCAAAGAUCUCGAUUUAAUUUUAUCGAUUCUCAAUCUCCUAGGGAAUACUUUAUUGAUCUCUGUGUCAAUUACUUAACUGAAUUUUUUAUAAAAUAUUUUUAAUGGAAUAAGAAAGCAACAGAAGUGAUGCUGACUUUUGAAGCAAAUUAAUGUCAUAUCUUAUACAUUUAUUCAUCGACUGAUCUUGUAAAUCUUUACACUGCCUCCG